AUUAUUUUCAGUGUAGUCUCCGGAGAAAAACACACUCGACAUUUGUUACAAAUAUUUAAUGUGAACGACGCAGAGAUCAAGUGUUAGUAAAUGACAGUUUUUUCAUAUCAGCAUAAACUCGUCUCGGUAAACUUUGAAGCUCCUCGGGCUAGCUUAGCUUGCUAGCUGCUAACAAAGAGACCCGGAAGUAAUCACACCUCUUUAGCAGACAGCUAGUGAGUGAAGUGUUGUGUGAAAAUGUGUAAAAUAGAAAUGCUGCGGGCGUUGGUGAAUCCACGAUUGACUGCGGCUGUUCAAGAAAUAGUUUGGGGUGUGAGGAAGAACGAUUGCCGACUUUUGCAGUUCAUCAAGUGAGAAAGAACGAUAGCAACGUACGAGGAGGAACUUUGUCAAACAAAAGAAGAGAACAAGCGGCAACGACAACUACUGGACACUCAAGUUGUGUUACAUAAAGCAGACAUCAGUGAAGAACAUCUUCCCCCUGAGCAGCAGGAGUGGAACUCCAGGAUGGAACAGGAAGAGCUACAGCUCCCCCACAUUAAAGAUGAAGAAGAGGAGCCACAGCCUCCCCACAUUAAAGAGGAAGAGGAGGAUCACAGCAUCAGUCAGGAGGGAGAGCAUCUUGAAGGACUGGAGGAGUUCCCAGUGAUUGUUGUCCCUGUGAAGAGCGAAGAUGAUGAAGACCAAGAUCAAAGUGAGGAGGAGACAGAGGUGGAGCCUCCAAGCUGCAGCUCCAUUCGUCACAUGACAACAGAAGCUGAUGGAGACCACUGUGGAGGAUCACAAGAAGACAACCUCUUAGCUCCACUAUCAGAUAGCGACGACGUAACGUCACACUCUCCUGACACUGAUGAUGAAGACUCUGAAGCUGAUAUGACAUGUCACACUGACAACACACGCUGGAAAUGCUCUCAAUGUGACAAAACCUUUGUUUACAAGAGAAAUAUGAACAGACACAUGAAACAUCACACGGGAGAAAAACCUUUCACUUGUCCGAUUUGUGGUAAACAAUUCUCUCAGAAGUCACAUUUGAAAGCGCAUAUAAUAAUGCACACCGGAGAGAAAGCUUUUCCUUGCACGGUGUGUGAUAAAAGAUUCCGUAAAAAAGGUGAUUUAAAAACACACACAAGAAUACACACAGGAGAGAAACCUUAUCCUUGCACGGUGUGCGGCAAAAGAUUCAGUCAAAAAAGUGUUUUAACAACACACACAAGAAUACACACAGGAGAAAAACCUUAUCCUUGCACGGUGUGCGGUAAAAGAUUCAAUCGAAAAAUUGAUUCAGUAAACCACAUAAGAAUACACAAUGGAGAGAAACCAUUUCUUUGCGCGGUGUGCGGUAAUAGAUUCAAUUAUAAAGGCGAUUUAAAAAGACACACGAGAAAACACACCGGAGAGAAACCUUAUUUUUGCAUGGUGUGCGGUAAAAGAUUCAAUCAAAAAGUUGAGUUAGACGGACACACUCGAAUGCAUACGGGAGAGAAACCGUUUCUUUGCAACGUGUGUGGAAAAAGUUUCAAACAUAAAGGUGAUUUAAAAAGACACACAAGAAUACACACCGGAGAGAAACCUUUCUCCUGCACAGUUUGUGGUACUAGAUUCGCCCGAAACUCGCAUUUGAAAGCACACACAAGAACACACACCAGAGAAAUUGUUCAGUGUGUGGUCAGUGAUUCAAAAAAGUAUAAACUGGACUAAACACAGAAGAAUCCACACUGGAGAGUAACUUGAAAGAACUUUUGAAAAGACGGGAGGUACGAAUACCCAAGACAGUGUUGGUGUUCACAAAGCGUCUUCAUACUUUGUGAAUUGACAUUAUGAAAAAUGUAAAAUUGUCAGCUACGUAACAGUAGUAAGAAAAAGUAUGCAUUGUACAUAAGUGGCAGUAUGUAAGUUUAUAUGUGAGUCUCUCUUUGGCCAAAGUGCAGCAUUAAUAGUUCUCGCUUGCAGUGGAACAAUGCCCUUUCACUGUUUUUAUCUUUUCUCCUCCUCUGUCUAUGUCACAGGUGUCCUUUAAUACUCAUAAUUAAAAACAUCAACAUCCA